AUGACGAUUUCUAUCAAUAUGUCGAUAAUGACUGUUGCACUAAUGAUGAUUACCAUCUACUUCGUGGGUAUCAAUGGUGAAGAAGAAAAAAAACGAACACUUGACACAGUAUCUGGUUCGGAUUUCUUUAAGAAAAGUCUUGACAGUCUUUCAGGCAAUGAUUUCUUCAAACGCAAUGAUGAAAAACGAACACUUGAUUCACUCUCCGGUUCAGAUUUCUUCAAAAAGAGUCUUGAUUCACUCACUGGUAAUGAUUUUUUCAAACGUGAAGAAAAACGUACGUUAGAUUCGGUAUCAGGCUCGGAUUUCUUGAAAAAAAGCUUGGAUUCAGUGUCCGGUAAUGAUUUCUUCAAGAAAAGUUUGGAUUCAUUGAAUGGUAACGAUUUCUUCAAAAAAAGUCUUGAUUCCGUAUCUGGAAAUGAUUUUUUCAAACGUCGUAUCAAUGAUCAACAAUAUCACCAUCCACACAUGUCACGUGAUCAUUAUCACGUUCGUUUUCAUAAAUCCAAACCAGCUGAUGACAAUGACAAAUAG